AUGGGAUUAGAAAUAACUAGCGGCGAAAAGGAUUUAUCUUUCAAAAUGAACAAAAAAUUUCCAGAUUCAAAACAAGACCAAAAUGCAAAAUUAUUACAGAAGACAGAAAUAAGUAAUGAAGAUAAAUUUAUGCCCGUUUUGCGCUCGGGCAGCUGCGCAAACAUAGGUCAGAGAAAAUACAUGGAAGACGAGCAUAUCUGUGUUGAUAAUCUUUCCGCCUACAAUCUCCGGCGGCCGGCGCCGGCGGCCGCUGCGUUUUACGGCAUUUUUGACGGUCACAGUGGCGGCGAGGCGUCGAAAUACGUGAAGGAAACAAUCCUCGAUUUAAUUCUCGAUGACCCAAAUUUCCCAAACGACGUCGAAACGGCCAUCACGAAUGCUUUUGCAGCAACGGAAAACGGGCUUCGUUCUGCCGGAAUUUUAAAAGCCGGCACAACGGCUUUGAUGGUGUUGGUGUGGGGAAGAACUCUCUUUAUUGCUAAUGCAGGUGAUUGCCGUGCGGUUUUAAGUAGGUCGGGAAAACAUAUCAAUAUGACCACAGAUCACAAGCCUACAAAUAAAGAUGAGAGAUUAAGGAUUGAGUCUCGAGGAGGGGUAAUUUCUAGUGAUGGUUAUAUAAAUGGUGUAAAUUGUCAAUUUGGUGUUUCAAGGGGUUUGGGAGAUUGGGAAUUUAAGUUGGAAAGUGUGGCUUUGAAUCUUUUGAGCCCAAUAAGUGCUGAUCCAGAGUUGAAUACUUAUGAGCUUACACAAGAAGACGAGUUUUUGAUUAUUGCAAGUGAUGGUGUAUGGGAUGUUUUGAAGAGUGAUUUUGCACAAGAAGUUGUGAGGAAACAAUUACGAUUAUGCAAUGACCCUGUCAAGUGUUCCGAAGAGCUUUUUAAGCUUUUGGUGAAUGGUCAUCAAUUGCGUCUUUAUCAUAAGCCGGCCACUAAGGAGGAGUUCCUGCAGCAAUUUGCUCAAAAGGAUGAAACACGGGUUUCUGCAACAACUAAUAAGGUUCCUGCAGCAACUGAUCAGGUUCCUACUGCAAUUGAGCAAAGUAAUGAAGGAUUAAGGGUCAUUGCUACGGAGCAACAGAUAGCUAAAGUUACAGGGUUGCCACAAGAAGGAGAAUUGUUUCCAGAAUCAAAAGACGCUAGGAGUUCCAGAGUAGAGUUUACACUUCUCGUAGAUGGACCUCUAACGGUGGACAAGCAAGGAACCAGGAGGGUUUCCCUACCAACAGAGUGGCCUCAAGUAGCUUUAUAUUUUAGGGUUGAAAAUGCUCCUGUUGCAAAUGAUCCACCAGUUGAAGAAGAAAAUAUUGAAGAACCCUCUUCUCCCGUAGUUUCUGCAGAGAAUGAUUUGCUCGUUGCAAAAGGAGUUGUGGUUAUUAUGGAAGAGGAGAUGGUUGAGGAUCAGUAUGGAUUGGUGGAUGUCUAA